CCCAGAAAAAACCCUCCCGCAACAAGGAUUAAUAAAUUCUGUGCUGCAAUUUUCAAUAUACUUCCUGAGUUUGGUCCAAACAAGCCCAAAGGAGUGAAACCCGUAGCCUGCUUUUGACAGAGGUGCUUGUUAACUCUAUCAGGUCACUGACGGAUCAAAGGAUUUUGAAGAGUCCUGAUUUUCCCUCAUAAAUCAUGAUCUCGCUGGUUCCUAUGUUGUACAUUACGGGACUGAAUAGACUCUCUUUACCAAUAUUUAUUGGAAUAUCCCUUCUCAUCCCCACUGUUUCUUCGUAUUCCCAAUAGAUACGCACUUUGGGGCCUGAAAAACCCUUUUCUUUUUGUCUCUGCUCUGUUAAAUAUACGGGGUUUUUUCCACUUUCUUGAGCAAUUUUCUCGAAAAAAAUCCCAAUUUCACCAGAAAGAUUGAAUUUUUCCGCGAAAAUCGGAAUGGGUGAGGAGGAAGUUUUGCCGGAUCAUCUGCGCUGCAAGCGCACCGACGGGCGUAAAUGGCGGUGUAACCGGAGAGUGAUGGACAACGUGAAGCUUUGUGAGAUUCACUAUCUUCAAGGCCGCCAUCGGCAAUACAAGGAAAAGGUCCCGGAGUCGCUGAAGCUUCAGAGGAAGCGUAAGAAAGGGCAUAAUAAGGAUGACUCUGUUCUCAGCAAUGUCGAAGUGAAGGCACGGAAAGUGGUCAAGAUGGCGAAGAUGAUGAAAAAAAGGAUAAAAAUGUCAGAUGGUUCGGAGGCAAUGGAAGCUCCUGUGGGGAAGAAGGCGUCCAAGCAGGGUAAUAAGCAGUUGGAGCUGAUAAGAAUGGUGCUGAAGAGAGAGGUUGAGAAAAGGAAGAAGAAGCAGGGACAGAAUAUGAAGAGGAAGCAGGAGGAGGAGGAAGAGGAGGGAUUACAUUACAGUGAGGGAGAGUUAACAAAAACAUUGCCCAAUGGUUUGAUGGCAAUUUCUAUGGCAUCAACGGCCCAAGAAUACUGCAAUGUAGUUUCCCAAUGUGAUGUUAAAUUAUGUGCUGAUCAUAAGGCAAUUACUCCACGUUACUUCAGGUCCAAGAAUGUUGAAAGGCUGCCAGUGGGAAAGUUGCAGGUUUUACCGUAUGGACGAAAAUGUAAGAGGAAGAAGUGCCAUUGGUGCCAGAGAAGCGAUUCUUGGAAUCUCAUAAAAUGUUCAAGCUGUCAAAAAGAGUUUUUCUGCAUGGAUUGCAUUAAAGAACGGUAUUUUGAUACUCAAAAUGAAGUUAAGAUGGCAUGUCCAGUUUGUCGAGGAACUUGCUCAUGUAAAGACUGCUUGAGGAGUAAAUGUAAAGAUAACGAAACUAAGGAAUUUUUGGCUGGUGAAAGCAAAGUUGAUAGAAUAUUGCAUUUUCAUUAUUUGAUUUGUACGCUCCUUCCUAUACUGAAAGAAAUAAAUGAAGACCACAAUGCUGAGAUAGAAACAGAAGCUAAAAUGAGAGGUGAAAGACCGUCUGAUAUGCACAUCAAGCAAAUUGAAUUUGGCAGCAAUGAACAAACUUACUGCAAUCACUGCAAAACACCCAUUUUGGAUCUCCAUAGAAGCUGUCCAAGUUGUUCCUAUAGCCUUUGCAUAAGUUGUGGCAGGAAAUUAUGUCAAAAGAACUCCUCUGAAGAAAUUAAUGCAUCUAUUUCCGAGUCAUCUGAUGGGAUGGAUUGUCGACUUGCCAGUGAAAAUCAUCUUUUGGAUAAGAAGACCAUCUCCAACGGAUAUUCAGUAGCUUCUUUUUCAUUGCGUAACUGCACAAACUAUGAUUGUCCUGGCAAUGUAUCUUGUCCUCCAAAAGAGCUUGGUGGUUGUGGUGAUAGUCUUCUUGAAUUAAGAUGCGUUUUCCCCUUAAGAUGGAUCGAGGAUAUGGAAGUAACAGCAGAAGAAAUAGUUUGCAGCUAUGACUUUCCUGAAACUUUGGACAAAAGUUUGAGCUGCUCAUUGUGUCCAGACACAGAUCAUAAACUUGAUGAAUCCAAGCAGUUACGAGAAGCAGCUCUUAGAGAAGAUUCAAAAGACAAUUGGUUGUUUUAUCCCACUGUCUUGGACAUUGGUGGUGAUAACUUUGAACAUUUUCAGAAGCAUUGGGGAAAAGGCCAUCCUGUAGUAGUGCGAGAUGUGCUCCAAAGCACAUCAAACCUCAGCUGGGAUCCACUGUUCAUGUUCUGUACUUAUCUUGAGGGCAGCAUCACAAGAUAUGAGAAUGACAAGGAUGAACUUGAAGCUUGUUUGGAUUGGUGUGAGGUGGAAAUUAACAUUAGGCAGUGCUUUACUGGAUCUCUUAAAUGUCAGCCACAGAAAAACAUGUGGCACGAGAUACUGAAAUUGAAGUGGUUACUGUCUUCCAAACUAUUCAAAGAAUGGUUUCCAGCUCACUUUGCUGGAGUAAUUGAUGCCCUGCCACUUCAAGAAUACAUGAAUCCUACCUCUGGUUUUCUGAAUUUAGCUGUAAGUCUGGCACAGGGUGGUGCAAAGCAUGACGUAGGGCCAUAUAUCUAUCUUUCAUAUGGCUGUGGUGAUGAACAGAGUGACUUUGUGACGAAGCUGUCUUAUGAUUCAUAUGAUGUGGUUAGUAUUAUGGCGCACACAACGGAUAUCCCUCUUUCUACAGAACAGUUGACUAAAAUAAGGAAGCUGCAAAAACACCGAACUCUCUGUCGAAGGGAUUCUUCUGAAAUUAGUGCUGAACGAUCAAAGGAACAGGGAGAGAAAGUAAAUUCAUUGUGGCCUGAUGAAGAUGUUGAAAAGACAGGGUUGCAUCAAAAGGGGAGAGAGGAGAAGCACUUUCUCAGGAGAGUCAACAGAACCGCUUACAUCUAUUCUGAAGCAACAAAUGUAGUUUAUCAGAGUAUAGACAGCAAAACUUUCCAGGAUGAAGAAUGUGAUUCUGAUACCGAUUCUGAAAAUCCCUAUGGAAGUUCAAAUAAUUAUAGGAAUGAAAAGCUUAUUAAACAUUCUGGUGCCCAGUGGGAUGUCUUUCGCAGACAAGAUGUUCCAAAGCUCUUAGAAUACCUUAAAAGACACUCUGCUGAAUUUUCUCCUUCCCAUGACUAUCAUGAGCAGCAGGUGGAUCAUCCACUUUUAGAUCAGAGCUUCUUUCUUGACAAUACUCACAAGAUGAGGCUCAAGGAGGAAUAUAAAAUUGAACCGUGGACUUUUGAGCAACGUGUCGGUGAAGCUGUCAUAAUUCCUGCUGGAUGUCCAUACCAGAUUAGGAAUUCUAAGUGUUGUGUUCAUGUGGUAUUGGAAUUUGUUUCUCCUGAGAGUGUCGGCCAGUGUAUCCAAUUGAUUGAUGAAGCCCGUCAGCUUCCAGAAGACCACAAAGCAAAAGUUGACCAUCUUGAGCUGAAGAAAAUGGCUCUUUACAGCAUCGAUUCAGCAAUAAAAGAGAUACGUGAACUCACCUCCAAAAUGUGAUUGCAUCAACUGAUAUGUGCUCAUGCAUCUCCAGUCUUUACUCGCUGGUUGGAAAUGUAUAGAUUUUAUUCUUAAAAACACAUUUGUGAAUUUGUUGAUUAAAAAUUUUAGUGUAUAUGCCUCUCCAAUUAGAAUUUUAUGGUUUCGGAAA